AUGACCUUGGAGCACGCAGCGAAUGCUAUUAUCUUUGUCGGCCACGUUGCUCGCGUUCCAGCCGAUGAUGGCGAGCGUACAUACAGUGCACUAGCUGUGCAGCAGCUCAUUUCCAAACUGUCUGGUUCCUUACACUACUGCUGCACUUGUCCCAACAAGAACAUCAUCUCAACAUGCGCGCUGGCUAUAUUCACCGCCUGCAUCGUGGGCGCUGAGGCGAAAAGCAUCCGCAUGCGCGUUGAUAUCAGCGGCGAGGACAACCAGGACGAAGGCAGGUUUCGCAACCUCAAAAGCGAACGGGGAUUCGCUGAGGACGAGGAACGGAGCGAGUUAUCACUUAAGUUAAUUAACGCACUGAAGUCAUUCUUUGGUUUCAAGACGAAGCUUACCUCCACUUACGAUGAGGCAAUACUAUUCAAGGCCAAGGGUCAGAAAGUUGCGAGCGAGAUUUCCAAGACCAAAUUCACGCCUGCUGAGGCCAAGAGCCUCCAGAAAGUCGCUAGCGACGUUUCAAAGACCAAGUUCACGCCGGCUGAGACCAAGAACCUCCAGAAGGCUACUCGCUACGUUGCCGAAGGUAAGCUGACCAAAGCUGACUUAAAGAGCGCACAGCACGUCGCAAGCGAAAUUGUCAAGAAACCAAAAGAUUGGACCGACCGUUUAGUAGAUGAUGCGACGAGUGCACUUUUGGCUCUCGUUAUAGUUUUUGACAGAAAUCAAAAGCUGUAUCGUGCCAUUGAUUUCAGGUUCACGCACAGUACAGGGCUAUUCAACGAGACCAGAGUCCCUAUAUCGCGUCUGCUGUUGGGGUUUGAAAUUCAUGGCUUCGGUGCACACAAGGAGGAGGACGCUCUCAGGAAUUUUCUCUUAGUUUCAAUAAGCAAGGAGUGUGAGGAAAACUACCGCUAG